AAUUCAUUUUUAAUUUCAAGCAACUUCUCUCUUUCUCGCCCCGUCUUUGUCUCUGUGAGAGAUAGCGAUGGCAUCAUAGAAGAAGAGUCUCUCUUCUUACUUCUCUCUUCAUUUUAAAAAGGAAACCUCUCCGGCUCUCUACUGCCUUGAAAAUGGCAUCCCUCGUUAAAAUGGAAACCCUUUUAAUACCAAGACAGACCCUUAUUCGAAAGCAGAUAAGCAGAAAAAUACAAGAUGACCGCGAUGACUUAUCCCGGACCUUUUCUCCCAGAUGAGGAGGACCAGCUCUUCCCCUUCGGCCUCUCCUUUUACCAGCAGGAGGGAGAGACGGGCUUUGAGCAGUACAGCACCAAAUUGAAGGAUGAGGAAAUUUUCUGCCCUUCUUCACUCCUCUACAAUGAUAACACUUCUACGCCAUUUGAUUGGUCAAACUUCACUGCACCAUAUCAAGACUUUGACCUCUUUGAGUUCAAUCCCACUGGAGCCCAGGACCUUCUCUUGGACACACCCUCUUCCUCUUUCCCCUCUUCUCCCAUUUCCUCUUUUUCUACUGGCAGCAGUGCCCUCUCUCCUCCUGAACAACAAGAGGUCAACGACAUCAUUUCUUCUCUACAAGACACGGCCACUCCAGACUCGACACAACACUUAUCCUCGAUAUCUUCCACCCCUAUCUCGUCUCCUCCUCUUUCCCCUUUCCCUGUCACUCCCUCUUUGCCUCAAAAACAAGCUCCUGAACAAUUUAUCCCACCCACUCCAAAGCGUACUCCACAGGGCAGAGGAGGACGAAAGAGCAAAUUGUCAAAAACGGACAAGAAAGAGCGAAAGAAAGAACAAAACAAGACUGCUGCAGUUAGGUACAGGCAAAAGAAAAGAGAAGAGCUCGAUAACUUGACAAAGCAGGAGAUGGCUUUACUCCAAUCUAACAAGGAGCUAAAGGAGGAAGUUGAUUCGAUAACUGCCGAGAUCAACUGCUUGAAGAGACUGUGGGGUGAAGUUUGUCAGGCCAAAGGGAUUGAGCCCACUUUACCAUACAACAGCAUACACCUGUAAACAUGUUUAUCUUUCCUUACUGAAUAACUGGCACACAUAAUCAUACACAUACACAUGCUGCUUCCACUCGCUGUGAUUAUAAACUUAGUCUUUUUAAUUUAUUUAUCCAAUAUCCAUUUUCUUUGCUGUUGCUACCAUAACUGUA